AUGAGCACCACCGCACUCCCUACACUGCCCGAUCCCAAUGAUGGUCUGGGCGCGUACGGUCUGCCCUCCACCAUCCUCAACCUAGAAAACGAACUCGAGGAGGGUCUCAAGGCGAUGGGGUCUGACUACAUGCUCGCGCCGUACCACGAGUGGACCAUCGUGGAGGAUCGCAAGGCUUUGGACGCGGCGCCGACAGGGGAGGUCCGCUUGCGCUUUCGGGAGUGGAGCGAGGCGCGCUCAGUGGAGCGGGACGGGCCUGGGGCGGACCACGAGCUGAUCGGUCAGGCGGGGCUUGUGGCGCGGUUUGAGGCGUGCAUAAUGGUUGAUAAGGAGUGUCUGGACUCGAUGGAGAAGAACAAGGGUAAGUCGAAUUGGUCAGAGCCGUAUUUUAUGGUGAUCGGGCUGGAUCGUCUCGCCCCACCACCAAGGCCUCCCACUGAAGAGGAUUUGGAGGAGCUCAGGGAAAUUGGGGAUGAAGAUAUACUUGAGGAGGAUGGUGGGAAUGAUGAGACAUGGAUGCUGGCCUCGUGUCAGUCGUACGUGGAGUUGUACAAUGAUCUCUUCAAAUCGAGCCUUCGUGCCACGACGACGUAG